AUGGGCAUCACUCGCCGCAUCUACAUUUCCUCCACUGGCUGCUCUCUCUACGUCGACGUAGCGCGGCUCGCCCCCGGCGAUCACUAUCUGGUCGGGACCAUGUGUCUCCCGGCGGAAUGCGCGCCCAGCCUUAAGCUUGAUCUUCUCGAGGCGGUCACGCCUUUGUUCGCCGGCGAGGAAGUGCAACUGCUGCGGUCCAUUGACGUGGGUCCCGACGACGAGGAAGUCAUCGCGACCUACAGGAACGGAGCGACCGAAGCGGAGAUGGAGUGGCUGCCUUUCCUGCGGAUGGUGAGCGCGCUCUUCUUGCAAGGCGUGGAGCAAGGCGUGUAUGCGCGAACCGCAACCGUGGACCCCUGA